AUGUUUAGAAGCACAAAUCACAGCGACAUAGAGGAACCAAUCUUAGGUAAACUAGCCGACAUUGUUCUGGACGAAAGCAUCCUUUGGCUGUUAGGAUCCGAAAUUGAGAUUGAGGAUUUGGAGGUUGAGAUUGAGGAGUCCGAGGUUCAGAUUGAGGAGUCCGAAAUUGAGAUGGAGGAGUUCGAGGUUGAGAUUGAGGAAUCCGAGGUUCAGAUUCAGGAGAUCGAAAUUGAGAUUGAGGAGUCCGAGGUUGAGAUUGAGGAGUCCGAAAUUGAGGAGUUCGAGGUUGAGAUUGAGGAGUCCGAGGUUGAGAUUGAGGAGUCCGAGGUUGAGAUUGAGGAGUUCGAGGUUGAGAUUGAGGAGUCCGAGGUUGAGAUUGAGGAAUCCGAAAUUGAGAUUGUGGAGUUCGAGGUUGAGAUUGAGGAGUCCGAGGUUGAGAUUCAGGAGAUCGAAAUUGAGAUUGAGGAGUCCGAGGUUGAGAUUCAGGGGAUCGAAAUUGAGAUUGAGGAGUUCGAGGAGAUCGAAAUUGAGAUUGAGGAGUCCGAAAUUGAGAUUGAGGAGUCCGAGGUUGAGAUUGAGGAGUUCGAGGUUGAGAUUGAGGAUCCGAGGUUGAGAUUGAGGAGUCCGAGGUUGAGAUUGAGGAGUCCGAAAUUGAGAUUGAGGAGUUCGAGGUUGAGAUUGAGAGAAACCGAGGUUGAGAUUGAGAAGUCCGAGUUUGAGAUUGAGGAGUUCGAGGUUGAGAUUGAGAAGUCCGAGGUUGAGAUUGAGGAGUCCGGGGCUUAG